AUGAAGUUGGAUACCAAGGCUAUGCGGUAUUUGACCGCUGAAGACUGGCGCACACUCACAGCAGUCGAACAAGGAUCCAAAAAUCAUGAAGUUGUCCCUACAAAACUCAUCGAACAAUUGUCAGGUCUUAGAGGCGGGGUUCACAGAUGCAUAUCCGCACUCGCAAAAGUAAAUUUGAUCGCACGACUCAAGAACGCAAAAUACGAUGGCUAUCGCCUUACAUAUGGAGGGCUUGAUUACCUUGCUCUAAACACAUAUCGAAAACGCAAGGACGUAUACAGUGUCGGAAACCAGAUUGGUGUUGGAAAAGAGAGUGAUAUCUUCGUGGUAGCUGAUGAAAAGGGAGUGCAGAGGGUAUUGAAGAUCCACCGAUUGGGACGAAUAUCGUUUAGAACGGUCAAGGCGAAUCGAGAUUAUUUACGACAUCGAUCUUCGGCAUCAUGGAUGCAUAUGUCACGAUUAGCAGCAUUGAAGGAAUUCACAUUUAUGACGGCUCUGCGAGACAAUGGAUUUCCAGUACCGGAACCACUCGCACAAUCUAGACAUACUAUAGUCAUGUCUUUGAUUGAUGCAUUUCCCAUGCGUCAAAUAUCUUCCGUUCCAGAUCCAGCCUCUUUAUAUGCCGAACUUAUUUCGAUGAUCCUUCGCCUAGCGCAAUACGGUCUCAUUCAUGGUGAUUUCAACGAAUUCAACAUCCUAAUUAAGGAGGAAAAAAACCCAGAGAACCCCGAAGAGCCAGUCACCUUAACUCCCAUCCUCAUUGAUUUCCCUCAGAUGGUUUCUGUGGACCAUGUGAAUGCGGAAUACUACUUUGAUCGAGAUGUUAACUGCAUCAAGCGUUUCUUUGACCGAAGAUUUCAUUUCACAAGUAAUGAAAAGGGUCCCCAUUUCAAGGAUGCCCGCAAACUUAUAGGUAAGGACGGUGUGAAACGGUUAGAUGUAUCUGUCGAGGCAUCUGGAUUCUCAAAGAAAAUGGCGAAAGAGCUUGAAGCAUAUAUGAAAGCGGUUGGCGUUGAUGGCGAUGGCGAACCAGGGGCGGAAAGAAGUGACGAUGAAUUUGACGACGAAGAAGAAGCGAGUAAUGACGAUGAUGACGAAGAGGAAGAAGGGGGGAAGGAAGAAGAAGAAGAAGAAGAUGCUGCGGCUACUCAUGAAGGCGAUAGCCACACGGACCCAGCGAAAACCGAACUGCAGGGCGAGAAAACUACAGAGAUAGAGCCGGAGGGAGACGCAGGGCUGUUGGAUGAUCGCAAGGAGAAACUUUCACUGUCAAGUCUCAAGAUUGAAGAGAAGACUUGA